UGUAACUUGAAACAUCGUCACCGUCCGCACAAGUAGACUUUUUACGCAGACACAACUAAACAGCUGACUAGCAAAGAUGGCUUGGGAUGGAGGAAUUGAGCCCAAUGGCACUGAAGGCAAGAACUUCUACAUUCCCAUGUCCAACAGGACUGGGAUUGUUAGAAGUCCUUAUGAGUACAAUCAGUAUUAUAUGGUAGACCCGAUAAUUUACAAAGUUCUAGCUUUCUACAUGUUCUUCCUGAUCUGCACUGGGACUCCCAUCAACGGCCUGACAUUGUUCGUAACUGCUCAGAACAAGAAGCUCCGGCAACCUCUCAACUAUAUCCUGGUCAACCUGGCUGUGGCUGGACUCAUCAUGUGCUGCUUUGGAUUCACCAUCACCAUCACAUCAGCUGUUAAUGGCUACUUCAUUCUUGGAGCCACCUCCUGUGCAGUUGAGGGAUUCAUGGCCACACUAGGAGGUGAAGUUGCUCUCUGGUCACUUGUUGUCCUGGCUGUUGAGAGAUACAUUGUGGUCUGCAAACCCAUGGGAAGCUUCAAGUUCUCUGGAGCUCAUGCUGGUGCUGGAGUUUUCUUCACAUGGGUCAUGGCAAUGGCUUGUGCUGCACCUCCACUUUUUGGCUGGUCCAGGUACAUUCCUGAGGGAAUGCAGUGUUCCUGCGGUCCCGACUACUACACACUGGCUCCAGGUUUCAACAAUGAGUCAUAUGUCAUCUACAUGUUUAUUGUCCACUUCUUCAUUCCUGUCUUCGUCAUUUUCUUCACUUAUGGAAGUCUUGUGUUGACAGUCAAAGCUGCAGCAGCACAGCAGCAGGACUCAGCUUCUACCCAGAAAGCUGAGAAGGAAGUGACCCGUAUGUGUGUCUUGAUGGUCUUGGGCUUCCUGGUAGCUUGGACACCAUAUGCUAGCUUCGCCGGUUGGAUUUUCAUGAACAAGGGAGCUUCUUUCACUGCCCUCACUGCAGCCCUCCCUGCUUUCUUUGCAAAGAGCUCCGCUUUGUACAACCCUGUUAUCUACGUGCUAAUGAACAAACAGUUCCGUAACUGCAUGCUAACCACCAUUGGAAUGGGCGGCAUGGUGGAGGAUGAGACCUCAGUUUCAACAAGCAAGACAGAGGUGUCNUCUGUGUCUUAAUCAUGAUGGCAUCUUCAGAUCUAUGGACAUUGAUGAUUGCUUCCAGAUUUUAAAACAUCCCAUUAGAAUCCUUUUGCCAAAUGGAUUUAACAAAUGGAGUCUGGACCAAAAACACUAAGGAAUUCUAUGUUAUCUGUGAACUAACAGAAAGGCAAAUGCAUUUUCUGUUGGGAUGAUGUUGUACAGCAAUUGUGUGUCUGUGUGCAUGUGUGAGCAUUUGAGAGAAUGAAUAUGAGUGAACUUGUAAACGAAAAACACCUCAAACCGUAAACCUGCUGAAAUGUGACACUUGUACCUGAUGAAUGUACAAUCACAUGUUGAUUGUUUUCAUGCAAUUACUUGGGGGAGCAUAUAUUUCACUGGUCUACCAGUGGUGUUAUUUUUAUGCAUUAUAUGAAAAGGAAAAAAAAAAUAUAGGACUGAGUAGAUAAAAUAAAUGCAUGCAUAAA